CUGCUUGGGACUGAACUCUCGCUGAAUACAUGGUGCAACAUUAGGACCCAGCAGAGACUACCAUGAUUUGGGCAGUAGGUAAAGCUCUGACAUUCCUUUCAUUCCAGUGUGAAUGGGGCUGAUUGUUGUGUCCUGGAUCUGAGUUUUUCCUCUGCAUCUCGAUCCGCUUUCUCCACAUCAUGUCAAGCAGCACGUUUGCACGGUAGCCGCUUUAUGCUGUUUUUUUUUGGUGGAGACAAAACUAGCCAUGGUAGCCUCAUGUGGAUUGCAAAGUUUCUGCCGGGAACUUCUGAGCAAGAAGUGAAAGGCCCCCUCUCUGCUUGUUACAACCCCAGUAGCCCUGUUCAGAUACUGGAAGACAUUGACUUUCUUUAUCAGGACCAUCAACUGUUUGCCAGCAGGCUUGGUUCCCAGUUAACAGCAGAGGCAGUCAGUGGUGCUAAAAAUAAAGCUGUUGAGGACCCUCUUUGCAACUUCCACCCUCCAAACUUCCUUGGGAUCUCAGAGGUGGAAAUGAGAGGUUCAGAGGAUGUUGCAGCUGGAACAGUAUUACAGCGAUUGAUCCAGGAGCAGCUGAGGUAUGGCAAUCCAAAUGAGAACAUGAAUCUGCUGGCAAUUCAGCACCAGGCCACAGGGAGCGCAGGACCAUCCAACAGCACUACAAGCACACUUUCUUCCACAGAAAACCUCACACAAGAAGACCCACAAAUGCUCCAGCAGUCAGCACGCCAGGAACCUCAGGGGCAAGAACAUCAGGUUGACAAUACUGUGAUGGAGAAACAGUCCAGGGCCACACAGCCUCAUCAGAACAAUGAAGAACUACCAACUUAUGAGGAGGCGAAGGCCCAGUCCCAGUUUUUUAGGGGCCAGCAGCCAGGUGCUGUUGGCCCAAGUUUUUACAUUGCAGGAGUGUCCAGUCAGAAAUCGAGAACGGAAGGGAGACCAACUGUGAAUCGGGCCAACAGUGGGCAGGCUCAUAAAGAUGAAGCACUUAAAGAACUUAAGCAGGGUCAUGUCCGAUCUCUAAGUGAGAGGAUAAUGCAGCUAUCCUUGGAGAGAAAUGGUGCUAAGCAACACCCUCCUACCUCAGGGAGUAACAAAGGCUUCAAAACUGGAGGACCCCCACCCACUCAGUCUUCUGGCAAAGGAAUGGAUCCCAGAGGUCCCCCGCCUGAGUACCCUUCAAAGCCAAGCAGAUGGGUGUCACCAGUCAGCAAGACUCAGGAACACGGGUUGUUUUAUAAUGACCAGCACUCGGGGAUGAUGCAGAUGCUCAAACCCUCCUACCCUGCUCCGCUGCCAGCAAGAACAGAAGGAGCAGUUGUCAGAUACCAGCCUCCCCCAGAAUAUGGUGUGACAAGCCGACAAUGUCAACCUGCUUUUCCAUCGGUGCCGGUACAGCAGCACAGUCCAAUGUCCUCCCAGGUCUCCUCCAUUACUGGCCCACUGCACUCAGCAACCUUGCCACUGCUCCCAUCAGCUGUAACUGCCCAGCCUCCAUCUGCGACUCCACCAAGCCAGCAACUCACACCUGAUGCAUAUGCCAUUGUGGAGCGAGCACAGCAAAUGGUGGAGAUGCUUUCGGAGGAGAAUCAUGUUCUGCGGCAGGAACUGGAGGGAUACUAUGAGAAGGCAGACAAACUUCAGAAGUUUGAAAUAGAAAUUCAGAGGAUUUCAGAAGCCUAUGAGGGCCUGGUCAAGACCACCACUAAGAGGGAGUCUCUGGACAAGGCUAUGAGAAACAAGCUUGAAGGAGAAAUUAGGAGACUUCAUGAUUUCAACAGGGAUCUCCGUGACCGACUGGAGACUGCCAAUAGGCAGCUAGCCAGCAGAGAAUUUGAUGGGCAUGAAGAUAAGGCAACAGAGGGCUUUUAUGCCUCUCAGAACAAAGAGCACUUGAAGGAGAGGGAGAGGCUGGAAAUGGAAUUGGCAGCCGUGCGCUCUGCCAGUGAGGAUCAGCGGAGACACAUCGAAAUCCUGGACCAGGCACUGAACAAUGCUCAAGCCAAGGUCAUCAAACUGGAAGAGGAGUUGCGUAAGAAGCAGGCCUAUGUCGAGAAAGUGGAGAAGCUGCAGCAGGCUCUGACCCAGCUCCAGGCAGCAUGUGAGAAACGGGAGCAGAUGGAACGGCGAUUGCGCACGCGGCUGGAGCGGGAGCUGGAUUCGCUGAGGAUGCAGCAGAGACAGGGGAACUACCAGGCCGAAAGCCUGCCAGAACACAAUGCCCCAGCACUGAUGGAGCUAGUGCGGGAAAAGGAGGAGAGGAUUCUGGCUCUAGAAGCUGACAUGACCAAGUGGGAGCAGAAGUAUCUAGAGGAGAGCACAAUCAGGCACUUUGCCAUGAAUGCAGCAGCCACAGCUGCAACAGAAAGGGACACCUCAGUCAUUAACCACUCUCGGAAUGGCAGCUACAACGAGAACUCCCUGGAGGUUCGAAUAUGGCAGGAAGAGGAGGAGAUUGUUCAAGCCAACCGGAGGUGUCAGGACAUGGAAUACACGAUAAAGAAUCUGCAUGCGAAAAUAAUUGAGAAAGAUGCCAUGAUCAAGGUCCUUCAGCAGCGUUUGCGGAAGGAUGCUGGGAAAACAGACAACACAAGUUUACGGCCUGCUCGAUCGGUCCCAUCCAUCGCUGCAGCAAUGGGUGCGCAUUCCCGCCAGACCUCUCUCACCGGCAAUCAGAUAGCUGAGGAAAAGAAGGAGGAGAAGACCUGGAAAGGAAGCAUAGGGUUGCUAUUAGGGAAGGAUCAUCAUGACCAUUCAUCAAUCCCUGCACUGCCUCCCCUACCUCCCUCUUUGUCCUGUGCAGCCUCCUCCUUGCCAGUCAGCGCCUUCCAUGCUAAAACAGGCAGCAAAGACAGCAGCACUCAGACUGACAAAAGCUCUGAGCUUUUCUGGCCAAACACUGCCUCUUUCCCAGGCAGGGGAAGGCUAAGCACCACUCCUUCGAACAGCCCUUCCCUGAGACACACAGGAGCCAAAGGCGCUAGAGAUAAACUGGAGAACUCCCCCAGCCACGGGAAGCUGUCGGAUAGCAAAGGCCGAGUAAGCAGUUUGGUCCACAAGCCUGAAUUUCCUGAUGCCGAUAUGAUGGAAGUCCUCAUCUGAGGAAAGAGUGACCUUCCUCAGGAUUUUGUGCAGAUACAGUCAAGUCCAGGGAGGCCAAUGUUGUGCAAAUCUUAAAAACUAAAUAUACGAGUUUGAAGAAAGUCUGAGCAAGACUGAGUAUGGAAGGAGCCUAGAGGCUGAGAUGAAUAAGACUUUGAAUUACAGAGGGAAAAGAAAGAGAUGUAAGCAUGAAAUGAAGGAUGCUGAAGGUGCACGUGAAUGGCCGGAAUGUUCUGAUAACUGAAGGUGAUAAACAUGGAUUCACAAAGAGAUAGUAAAGGAAAUAGGAACUGCAUUUUCUAUUGUAACGAAAAGGUAUCUUUUUACCAUUUACAACAGUGUUCUAUAAUGCUGUUCUGUGUUACUCUCUAGCUACAAUCAAGACAGAGACUGAAAUCCUGGCUCUGUUGAAGUCAGCGGGAGUUUAUGAAUUGCCCAGGAGACGUUUAAACUUUUCUCAAAUGAAGUCAUUAUUCAUAAUUGUUCACCAGAUUAUUUUAGCGAAAAAUUCUUGGUCAGUAGAUUGUGCACAAAGCAGUUUGUUUUAAGUGUUUGUUUCAAGCCAAGUUGGUUUGUUUUGAUUGGAUAUAUAGGUCUUUCCUGAUUGGAUGAGUGCUACUCUUGGGAUCAGGUUUCCAAAGCAAAUACUCAUGUUUUGCAAAUUCUAAAUUUGCUCAAAAUUCACUGUUGCCAUGAGCAUUUCUUUGCUAGAAUUUGCAUAGAAGAUGCAUGUAAAAGGGGCAUAAACCCUGUCAAAGCAAUUUCUUUUACAAUUUUGGUGACUAUUCAGGGGGAAAUGUUGAGCGUAUUCCCUCAGCUCUAAUGCGUAAAGCACACACACAAAGCUGUGUAAGCAGCAAAUUGUAUGUACAUUCGAGUGCUAAAAGUUUUUACUCGUGAGGGCUUGGAGACAAUGGGCAUUCAGGAUGCUCAGCACCUCACAGGGAACAACAUGGUGCCACUGUAGAUGUAUUCUCUGGCUUAUUAAAAUACUUAAUAGUAUUAAUCAAAAUACUUAGUAUAGUAUUUUGCAGUAUCUGUCGAAACUGCUUCAGCAUUGUCAGUGGAGCAAAUUCUACCCUCCAGUUGUAACUGAGGGUGAAUUUGAGCAUGUACUGGCAGGCAGAGUUUCAGGCCAGGGUUACUACAGUGUUUGGGGAGAAUUACUGUAGAAGUUUGAGAGGAAUGUGGAGAUCAUUGACUGAUUUCAGCCGAAUUCAUCCAGGUUUACUACUUGCAAUUGAGAUCAGAAUCAGGCCCUUGGAUGUAUGUUAAAUAAUAACAAUAAAUUAGUCAAUACACUUAGUAUGAGAAAUAAUAAACCUCCUCGCUUAAAAAUGGAUUUCCACUGCACGUGGCACUGCAGUUCAUUCACCCAAUUGCAUAGCAUGGAUCAGUUUGUUGGUAAGAUUUCUACAGCACUUCAUAGCUGCCUGUCUGGGAUGUUUACAUUCAUUUUAAAAGACAGCCUGGUUGUGUAAAUGAGAGAGGAUGUUUCUGAACAUGCACGGAAAUUCUCCUAAUCCUUUUUUCCUUAUCUUAAAACAGGGGUUCUCAAACUGGGAGUCGAAACCCCUCAGGGGGUCACCAGGUUCUACAUGGGGGGUUGCA